GAGAUAUCUGGACCAACAAAUGUGCAGAGAGGAGCUUUGGAAAUAUCAGGUCCAAAGAAUGUACAGAGAGGAGAAAUGGAGUUGCUGGCUAAACAGCAACAACAACAACAGCAGCAUCAUCAUCAGCAUCAUCAUUCAGAUGCUGGAUUCUCAAGCAAAGGAGGUGAAUCUAUGGACUUUGAUAAAGAGCUUGCACUUAGCCUCAGCGAUAGGCUCAAAGUUUUCAAAACAUCAAAUUUUGAACCUGAAUCAUAUGUCAUUGAUAAAUGCCGCGGCAUGAGUGAAAAGGAAAUCAGGUACUUGUACUCGUAUCUUCUUGACUUAAAGAAAGCAUCAGCGGAGGAAAUGCGCAAAAGUGUUUAUGCUAAUUAUGCAGCUUUUAUACGCACAGCUAGGGAGAUCUCUGAUCUUGAAGGACAACUCCUUUCCUUGAGAAACUUUCUUUCAACACAAGCAGCUCUUGUUCACAGUUUAGCUGAUGGAACCCGUCUUGAAUCUCUAUACACCGAGCACGAGCGUUCCAUGGGUGACACAUUGAACUUAGAAGACAGGGAACUCUCUGAGACUGAAAAGUGGUUAGAAAAAUACAUAGAGCAUCUUGAAGUCUUACUUGCAGAGAGAAGAAUAGACGAGGCUCUGAAUGCAUUUGAAGAAGGUGAACGCGCAGCGAAAGAAGCUGAAAGGAAGCAAACUUUGAGCAAUUCUGCAAUCUUGUCAUUGAGAAGCACCAUCAAGGGACAGAGACAGAGAGUGGCUGAUCAGCUCGCUCAUUCUGCUUGUCAAGCAUCCACGGGAAGAUUUGAGCUCCGUUCAUCUGUUCAGGCUCUGAAACAGCUCGGAGAUGGUCCAAGGGCACACUCAUUGCUUCUGAAUUCUCACCAGCACAAGUUGCAAUACAAUAUGCAAGGUCUUCGACCUUCAGGCUCAGUUUACGGAGCAGCAUAUACAGCUGCACUUUCACAAUUAGUAUUCUCAACAAUCGCGCAGGCAGCAAGUGAUUCAUUGGCAGUCUUUGGUGAUGAACCAGCCUACACAUCUGAGCUAGUUACAUGGGCAGUCAAGCAAACUGAAUUAUUCUCUCUUCUUGUGAAGAGACAUGUGCUUGCCUCAUCAGCAGCUGCAGGUAGCCUGAGAAUAGUGGCAGAAUGCGUACAAAUAUGUAUGGGUCAUUGUUCUAUGUUGGAAGCACGUGGCUUAUCACUUUCUCCAGUCUUAUUGAAGCUUUUUAGGCCUUGUGUUGAACAAGCUCUUAGUGCUAAUCUUAAAAGAAUCGAGCACUGCACUGCUGCUCUUGCUGCCGCAGAUGAUUGGUCAUUGUCUUAUCCACCUGUUGCAACACGUCCUCUUGGUUCAUCCUCUCUAGGAAGUGUCAUCGCUUCUCAGCCUAAACUUUCAAGCAGUGCUCACAGAUUCAAUUCUCUGGUUCAGGAAAUCUGUGAAGAUAUUGGUUCAUUGGAAAGCUUGCAAUAUGCUGAUAGUGCACUAGAAGGUGUUCUACAAGUGUUCAACUCAUAUAUUAACAUGUUGGUGAAUGCAUUGCCAGCUUCAGUUGAUACAGAAAACUUGGAAGGGUCUGGGACAAAACUUGUAAGGAUGGCAGAAACUGAAUCACAACAGAUCGCCCUUCUUGCCAAUGCAAUGUUAUUAGCCGAAGAGCUUCUCCCACGUGCUGCUAGCAAGCUCUCGUCGGCUAAUCAGGCAAAUAGAAUUGAUCAAUCAAGAAUUGAUGCAACACCAAGAAGAACCUCUGACAGGCAAAAUCGAGCUCCUGAACAGAGAGAACUAAAGAAACGGCUCCAAAGAUUAGUUGAUCGUCUGCGUGAUGGCUUCUGCAGGCAACAUGCAUUGGAAAUUAUCUUUAGUGAAGAUGGAGGGGUUCGUCUUGGUUCAGAAAUGUACACUAGUUUGGAUGGAAGCACAGAGCCUGAAUGGUUUCCUUCUUCAGUAUAUCAGGAUCUUUACGAGAAGUUGACUCUUAUAGCAUGUAUAGCCUCAGAAGUAUUUGUUGGAAGAGAACGGUUCGCAACCAUGCUACUAAUGAGACUCACAGAGACAGUUAUCCUUUGGCUCUCUGAUGAUCAGAACUUUUGGGAAGCCAUUGAGACAGGACCCAGGCCCUUGGGUCCUCAAGGUCUUCAACAGUUCUAUUUAGACAUGGAAUUUGUGAUACUUUUUGCAUCACAAGGACGUUACAUGUCUCGCAAUCUUCAACAAGUUAUCAAGAACAUUAUUGCUAGAGCGAUUGAAGCCGUUGCAGCAAGUGGAACAGAUCCAUACAGUGUAUUGCCAGAAGAAGAUUGGUUUGCUGAAGUUGCUCAGAUAGCUAUUAAGACUUUGACUGGCAAAGCUAACUUCGGUGGAGAUGACGACGCGCCAAUUAGUCCAACCGCUGUUGUAACUGAAAAUCAAUUUCCUCAGGCAGAAUGA